AUGCAUAAGUCACCUUCCGAGCGUUCCGGCAAAGGCUGUUGCGGUCAGUGGUUCGCAGGACCACCGUUACGCGCUUUAAUUGCUGUGGUUGCAUUGGGCGGCGUUGCUUGUGCUUUGGGUGGUGCAGCGCUUGGUGCCACUGGCUUAGCUGGUCCACCAAGUUCGCACUUGACUGCAGCACUGCUGAUGAUAGGUGUCGGGGUUGUGCUAGUGACGGUCAGUGGUGCCGCUUGGCGUAUGACUGCACCUGGCGGACCACCUUGUUUGGGCUUGGGUUCAAGCGUCGAUAUAGGUCGGUGCGGACGUAGACCGUGCAGCCGUGGCGGUGGUGCACCUCAUGGACUUUUGUAUCCAGAGUUUCAACAUCGACCACCGCCGCCAUCGUACCAGGCUAGCAUGCAGGAAUAUCGAUUGAGGCUUUUACUAUUGGACAGGGAUCGGCAACAUGGUGUAGUUCGUGGCAGUUCUCCACCUCCAACUUAUCGUUCACAUGCCGGAAGUUUAUUGAGAGCUCCACUUACUACGACACUUCGAAGUGGUGGUCCCAGCAGUAUUGGAGGUUCGGAAUAUAGCUUGCCACCCAGUUAUCGUUCUCGUAAUACCACACCAGGUACAAUAUGCAGUGAGCGAAGUAUCGAAACCGCGCCCUCGGGACGUCUUCUGGCUAAUGAAGACCUACCCGAACCUUUGAGUGUAGAUCAAUUGCCAAAUUAUAAUUCAAUUCAAUCACGACGGUCAGCGGAACCCUCCAGUACUCAAACUCAAACACCAAAGAUAACUGCGCUCAAAUCGAACUCCUCAACCACAAACUCUACACAUCAACUACGAACAUCUGCCAUAGUAGAGACGAAUACAGAGCACAUCAAAGCCCAUGAAAUUAACAGUGGCAUAAAUCAGAUAACGAAUGCCCAGAACUCAGAUGAACAUGGCAAAGAUCUAAUAACAAUUGUCACCAUAUCACAAGGUAGUAGUCAGGCGACCAAUGAAACCGGAAAUCAGGAGUCUGCCGGAGAGCAAAUAGAGAUAUUGGCUCAUUUAUAGAUAUCGUAUAAUUGAUAAUUAAUAUUCGCUAAUUGUACUAAACUGUAAUAUAUACGUAUAGAAACCAUUUAACCAUGAUUUAAUAUAAAAAUUUACGUUAAGUACCUGCAAAUGAAUAUUGCACACUCUCACCCAAACACUUGAACUAUUUUAUUAACCCAAAGGUAUUUAUUUUUAUUUUAUUUAUGUUAUAUUAUUAUAUAUACUUGAUACGUACUGUACUCGUUCGUAUGUUAGAGGCAAGCGCAUGUGCUUGAAAAAUGAAACUAAAAUAUUUGUUGUUGUACUUGAUUAUGUAAAAUUUAUUUUUAUAAA